AUGGGCAGCAAUUUUGCUAAGGGUUUUAUCACUCUUUUAUUACUAUUACCAUCAAUAUCUUGCACUGAGGUAAGAAGUAAGGACGAUGGAGAAGAGACAGCCACUAAGAAAAUAUAUAUGAUGCUUUCUCUUGCCUCAACUACUGAUACACCCCCAAUGCAACUGUCCUUCUACGAGUUUUACAGGAAUAUUACUUUAGCGGAAAUGGAUGAUUAUUAUUUGACAACCAAUUGGAAUCCGAAUCCCUUGGCAAUAUCUUGCACGCUAGUAAGUUAUGAAUCUACAUUGACUGCUAAAAGGGGUAAGCUUAGCAGGAAAAGCAGAGCAACAGUACUUUGCGGUCUACAUGAAUUGUCUAAAGUGAUACCGGAACCAGUAUGUUCAGCGGUUUGCAUUGCUCCUCAUAUAUUUGAAAUUUUCCAGAAUGUUGCUAAACAAAUCAGCUUCUACCAGUGGAAAGAGUCUCUCCCAAAGAACAUUGGAAUUUGUUGUUUACACAUCGUUGCCUUCAACAUAACAAGUCAUCAAAGGCAGAGUUUGAGCGAGCAGUUUCAAAUGAGAGGCACUCUAUCAUUUUCGAACUUUCUACAGCGUUCUAGAGUUUUCAGCGUCGCGGUUCUAGUAAGGUCAACCUCCAGGCAGUUUGUGAACAUAAGUCAUGACGAGAACCGGAAGAAACUACGCAUGCAAGGAUUUUCGAUCGAUGUUUUUAAAGCUGCCGUUGCAGUUCUACCGUAUCAUUUCGCUUACAAACUGUUUCCAUUUCAUGGAUCUUGUCAUCAAUUGGUGGAGGAAGUUGCCCGUAAGACUUUUGAUGCAGCUGUUGGCGGUAUAGUAAUAACAGCAGACCGCUCUCAUAUUGUAGAAUUCUCGCAGCCGUAUGCUGAAUUAAAGGUGAUGGUGGUAAAGACAAAAGACAAUGGAUUGAACGGAGUUUUGUGGUUCAAGCCCCUUACUACAGAGAUGUGGCUUGCAAUGGCGGCUAUGACUGUGUUCACUGGUCUUGCUAUCUGGUUCAUUGAACUUAGAACCUGCAAUGAAUCGACUGAUUCACCUUCAAGACAAGUUGGAGCCCCUUUUUCCUCUUCAAUGAACGCGGUAAGAUGGCAUCUGAUGUAUGGACCGAGAAACAGAUUGUCUUAUUUUCUGCUGGUUCCAUGGUUACUAUUGAUCAUGAUUGUCACUAUGGUCUUUACCGCUAGACUUUGUUCUAUGGUAACAAGUUCACAAGUUGAGCCAGCUCGAUUAGAUGUUGAUUCACUCAAGAGGACAAAUACGGCUAUUGGUUGCGAUGGAAAUCCUUUUACUGUCUCGUAUUUAGUGAAAAUUUUGGGAUUCAAGCGCAAGAAUAUCAGAAACAUCGAAUCAGUUGAUGACUAUGAGAAAGCUUUAUCAGGUGGAAAUAUAAAGGCUGCAUUCUUGUUGACACCUCGCGCCAAAGUCUUCCUUGCGAAAUACUGCCAAGGAUUUACCAAGUCGGGACCUGCCUACGAUCUGGGCAGUUUUGAAUUUGUGUUUCAACGAUCUUCUCGAUUGGCGUCAGAUAUGUCAGAGGCGAUUCUUAACUUAAAGCAGGCAGGGGAAUUGCAGCAAUUGGAGGAAGAUGCGCUUUCCUUUUCUGAUUGUUCAAGUUGGAUAUCUGAUCAAACUGUUGCUACCAUCCCAGGAAUUGGACCAGGGCCCUUUACAGGUUUGUUCAUUUUCUCAGGCGGCGCUUCUGCCAGUGCAUUAUUAAUCAGAGUCAUUCGUGUAUUGAAAACACGUAUGGAGAGCUGCAUUCAGAGAACGCUUAUGGGUAGAGGACCUUGGGUGUGGUUGACAACUGUCUUCUCCUCUCAUUACCCGAGGCGAAAUCAUCAGCGCCAAAUUUCACCAAUACCUUCCACUUCCCAAAUUCAUCCGAUCAACAACUCCUACUGCCUUCACCGAUCGGUCAAGUCAUCAAAUCAAGUCAACAUUUGCCAGAGAUUUUUCCAGCAUCACUAG